CACACGUGUGACCCAAUCACUAUCACUGAUCAGAGAGUUUCGAACAGGAAACACUUGCCAUAGUCAUCGGUUCGCUUAUUCGCUGUUGUUAGUCUGUAACUGUAAGGAUGGAUGGACAUUUCAAACUUCAAUUGAAUGCAGUGGUAAAACUGAGGAGAAAUAACGAUGCAAAGCGUGAAGAAUUGAUGAAGAUGAAAGAGAUGGAGCUUUCACUCCAGAAAUGUAAAGAGACUCUGAUGGAGAGGAAGACCCAGAUUUCUUCAUCCAUCCGGGAACAGGCCAGAGCCGUUGAAGAAAUAACUUCAAAGUUACCCCCUGCAUCAAGGAAACUGUUUGACCAGUUGUACCCUCAAGUCAACAAUGUCUACCAAUCAGAGCUUCUUUUGCUGGAGUUAAAUCAACAGCUGAUGGUUGCCAUGGCAAGAAGGGAGGAGACGGCCAUUUUGAAAGUUCUCCAGGAAGAGUCGUAUGUGGUCGGUGAUUUCCAAGAUGAAAAGAGUAACCAUGCCGGAGAGACGUGUUUUCUUCAAGAGUGGUUUCAUCAGAUAUCUCGCUGGAAAAGACAAGCAGACCCCGAUCUUAGCCCUGGAAAACCUUCAGUGGAGAAACACAGAAUAAAUGAGGACAGAGUAUUUUACUGGGCCAAGUAUGAGACUCUUCCAUUCAGUCAUGGAGGGGUGUUAUGUUUCUCAACGAGGCAUUGUGGGAUGUGCAUUCGACUCCGCAUAGAGUCACCUAGAAAAAUUGCUGAAGGGAUUCCGUUAGCCAGUCUCCACAACUACACAAUCACAUCGGAUGUACCAUUGGACGGCUUACAGCUUGGCUUACUACAGAGCAUCAAGGAAAACCAAAUGGCUCAUGACUUUGUCAUUAACACUCUAUGGAGACUUAUGGAGAACAACCUCUUGCCUUUUAUUUGAUUUGAAGAGCAAACAUUGGAUUUAACAGCAAAGCAUCCAAGAAAAUCAGAUAAACUUGUAGAGUUUACCCUCAACUCCAUACUGACCCAAUUCUGUCAAUCAUGUGGAGGCCAUUGCAAAAUUUCAUAAAGCUGUUUAAACGAAACUACUGCUAACUGAAUUUCUUUGCUAAGCAGAGAAAUGAGUGGGGUACCAAUCGCAACUGUGUAAACUUAAUGAAGUUCCGACUGGUAAAAUGUUUCUGCUAAGUAAAAUUUUUCUGUGCAUAGCAAGUUUUUGUGCUCACAGGAUUGAUAAAAUUGGGCCCUGAUGGCAUCUCAAGCCUGCCCAGUGCUCCUCGUCUAGAUCUACUGUUCCAAAAUGCAGGAAUGCAGGUCUUCACCGCUGGCCAAGCCAGUGUCCCAACCAGUUAUGGGCCAAGUGGGAGAGACAUUUUCUCCUGCAAUUAAUCUUGGGAAUCGGCUAUCUAGUUUGUUACUUUGUAAUCUACAUACAUGUAACACAAGCGAUAUGCUUGCUUUCAAAGCAAUUUGACCUGUGUUGACCUGUGUUGACUUGAUGAAGGGCAGACUAACAACUUGGUUAUUAAACCGAGGCUUUAUGGUUAAACAACAAAGCAUCAAAAACUACCAGAUGAACAAGCUUCCCAUCAACACAUUAUGUAGACAUUCAUCAUCAUUAGGCAUAGACAUUCAUCAUCAUUCGGCAUAGACUUGCAACCGUAGCCACCUCAUCCUCAAAUUGUAAUGGGGGUGCAUUCCUUGAGUGUGGAUACUGGUCUUUGACAAUGGUCUUUGACAAUUACCAAUGCUGUACAUGGGUUUUUAAAUACUUCUUGUUGCUUUUAUACAAACUCUGACUCUGAAACGCAUAAUUAGUUAAUAUAUGUCAGGCUUUUUGUUUAAUGCUAUUCACAGUUAAUACAAAAAAUGCACACUUUACAAAUAGUAUUAAUAGGUGAGUUUCUGAAUUAUUAUUCUGAAAUCCAGUCACCAAUUUUACAGUCUACUACAUGUAAUUUAGCGACCAAACUGGUCCACAUACAUUAGUCAAUUAAUUUCAUCACACCUGUAGUGAAUCAUAGAAAUACAGGACACUUUAUUGUAUAAUAAUUUGUUUCAAAUAGUUUGGGUUUGAACAAAGAACAAUUUUACAAUUGACAUUUCCAUGAUUUGAUUGCUGUGAAAAUAACAACAUUCUGAGUUAGCAAAUUUGUUUGUUUAAUAUCCCAACCCUCAUGAUUGUGCUUGUAUAUCUAUUCAAUACUACCCAUGUGGUUUCAGAGGAUAAAUAUGUUUCAAAUGUGUUAUUAACAAUUUUAAAAGGAAAAUUCAUUUGGAAUUACAGUGAUUGGAAUAUUAA